AAACGAAUUUGAUUAAAUUUAAACUUACCAAUUAUUACACUUUGGAUCCAUCUUCUCCAAGUUUCGAAGCAGAGAAGAAAAUGUUUAUUGAUGCUAGAUUUACUUUUGAAUUUUCUAAAGAAUUAAACAAAUAUAAAUUUAAAGCACCUGAUGAUUUUUAUAAAGAUUUCACAAAAGAAAUAACUGAAUAA